GAUCAUUCUUUACAUUUGACAAAAUUAAACUUCCAUUGAUAUUUGAUACAAGACAACUUGAUAACAGAAUUCUGGAAGAAACUUUCUGUGGUGUGCAGUUUAGUUUUACAGAACAAUCAACAACAGAUGACAUUGUGAACAGUGGUCCAUUUAAGGAUGUGUUUUUGAAGAUUCAACAACAUUUGUCUGAACUGGAAAAGUUACAGUUGGAUAUUUUGGAUCUACUGAUGGACUAUCAGAACAUAAAUCAGGAGAAUAACUGUAAUGAGAAUUUCCUGAAAAAGUUCCAUGACUUUGUGAAAGAAAAUACAAAUAAAAGUAAGUUUCCCCCAGCACAGUCAUGUCAUUCCUCUGUCAAUCUGGGUUUCUUUCAUCGACUAGUGACGUUACUGAGGAGGGGACGAGUUAAACAAGACAUGCAUGUGCCACUAAGGUUCUUCUGCAGUCAGACUAAGCCAUAUAGUCACACCCAACGAGCAGGUGGCUUAAUCUCAUAUCUGACAAAAUCUUUUGCUGAAGAACUGAAGGAAAGAGAGUCAACUUCAGAUUUUAGACAUUCAUCCGGUUCUAGAAGUUUUGACUUGCAACUCCUGUCAAAACUUGAUCAAAGGCCUAUUCAUGACAGUGUGGCCAGUCUUCUUGAUGGCAUUGUACGGCUUUAUCAUUACUCUGCUCAUCGUCAGUUAGAGAAGCUGUACUCAAUCAAAGAGAAAAUGCAGGAGUACAUGAAUGUAUUAUCAGAAGUUCGAAAACUUAUACCUAAGGCAGAUGAAGAUGCCAGAGAUGCUCUUGUUCAAGCUUGUAAAGUGUACCAAGAAAAAUUACAGGAACUUACUUACCAGCUUGGAUGGCUGAGUGCUGCUGUUCUGUCACGUGAGAGGGAAAUGGAUGUGUUUUGGCUGUUGAACGUACUCUUACAGACUUUAGAGCAAGCCUCCAAGGCUGGCCUCUUGUUUGCUUUUGUUCCUGAUUUUUAUAUUGAAGCAUGCAUUCACACUUCUAAAGCACUGGUCAGCGUGUUCCCUUCAACUACUCAGUGUCGUUAUCCUGGAUACAUGGAAACUCUGACAAGAUUUGGCACAUUCCUUGCAGAACACUUUGCUGAUAAACGAAUUGUAAAUGCUGACUUGAAAGAUUUGCUGAUUGAAGCUUUAGCAUCCUAUGUGUGUAAUCGUGUUACUCUGCGUGCCUUGGAAUCUAUACCAGUUGAAAGUUGUUUAACAAUGGUGAGUUCAUUGCUUCAACCAUAUGAAAAUCGUGCCUGGGCACAGUCCAAUUGGAUCCUAGUGAGAAUAUGGAAGGGUUGUGGAUAUGCUUUCCGUUACACUGUACCUAGCUAUUUUGCCCAAACCUUUGGACCCAGGUACCACUUAACACUGGAAAAAAAUUCAGCUAUCAAUCAAGGUGAAAAUUAUUGAUAGGUUCUGAUUAUAGCAAGCUCUCUAUGUAGAUCAUAAUUAUUAAAAAUGAAUCCAGUAAAUAAUGUAGCUAAUUUUACUGACUGAUUUAACUAGAGAUAAGAAUUGUUAAAACACAGAAUGCAUUGUUUUAUCAUUAGUUUCAUUGUUUCAUCCCAGACUGUUAUCAAAACUUUCAUCCAUAAUGACCGUAAUAUCUCAUGAGGUUCAAAAUAGGCAUUUGGAUCUGAACCAUAAUGUUACUACCCCUGGUGUCACUGUGAGCGUCCUGUAUUAUAAAGGAAAUAAUGGAAUAUAGCUUGAUUACAAAAAAUACAUUAUCACUUAUCCUCUGUCCGUUGAAAAGUGUGACACUAGUAAAGGUAAAACUUUAUAUAAUCCCCCUCUAACAAUGUCUAGUGAUGAAAGCCCAAAAUGCCAUUGACAGUGUGUUGAUUGUUUAAUAUUUGAGAUGAGAGUGAGUAUUAAAUGCCACUCUGUGUCAUGUGCUGCCAAAUUUUUCUUUUUGAUUUAUUGCACCACCACUAAAUUAUACCAUAUAACAGUGUUUGUUACAUGUAUUUUACACAGUCUUUCAGCAAAAUUCCAGUUUCCAAGUGAUUUUUUACACUUGUUUCAGGAAUUCUGUACAUGGAGUUAACAUACAUUAACAUUAAA